GUGUGAAGUAAAUCGACUGUUAAUAUGGAGGAAAACGAGUUUACACCGUUGACGGUCCCCACGGAUUAUUUCCAACAGUGGUACCAGUCGAGCCAGCAGCACCCCGAGGUGCAGCAUGUCUUGUCCCACAACAGCCACUACAUCGAGGGCACCAAGGAUGAGCCUGUCAUGGCAGAGUUGUCGGUGCACCGGGAGCAGCCCCUCUACCAGGAGCAGUUUUUUCAGAAUUACUCCAACUACCAGGAGCCCGUCUAUCAGCAGGAGCAGCAGCAGCAUCCUGCUUACCUACAACAACAACAAUAUACAGUCCAACAACAGGAGACGCAAUAUCAACACACUGUACAACAACAACAACCUCAAUAUCAAAAUACAACGCAACAAGAGGAGCCUAAUGUUCCCCACCAACCUCCACCGGCCAAUCCACCCCAAGUAAUGACGCCAGCAAAGAAGAAGCGAGGCCGCCCGCCAAAGAUUCAGCGUGAAGAAGGAAUAGUGGUAAAAGAGGAAGAGGAAAACGCCAGCGAAACAGCGGCCAAAAAAGCCAAAAGGAUGCUCAACCGCUUCAACGGCAUGUCAGUGGCUGAGGUUAUGGCCAAAACGCUGCCUGACGUUAUUACCUACAAUCUUGACAUUUUGAUUAUUGGUAUUAACCCGGGACUAAUAUCAGCCUACAAAGGACACCAUUACCCCAACCCUGGGAACCAUUUCUGGAAGUGUUUGUUUCUGUCUGGUUUCACUGAACAGCAGCUGAACUUUAUGCACGAUGAGAGCUUGCCGGAAAAAUAUGGCAUAGGCUUCACCAACAUGGUAGAGAGGACCACGCCGGGCAGCAAAGACCUUUCGAGUAAGGAGAUCCGCGAAGGAGGGCGACAACUGCUUGAGAAACUGCAAAAAUACAAGCCGCUGAUUGCAGCUUUUAAUGGAAAAGGUAUUUACGAAAUCUUCUGCAAGGAAAUUUUUGGUGUGAAGGCAAAGAACCUGGAUUUUGGAUUGCAACCGUACAAGAUCCCAGACACUGAAACCGUGUGCUACUUGAUGCCCUCCUCCAGCCCACGGUGCGCUCAGUUCCCCCGCGCGCAAGACAAAGUGCACUUCUACAUUAAGCUGAAGGAACUACGAGACCACAUGAAAGGCACAGUUCCCAAACAUGAGGUGCUGGAGACAAACUAUUCUUUUAACCUAGAGAAGGCUAAAGAAGAUGCAAAGAGACUCGCCAUCAAAGAGGAGCAGAUGGAUCCUGAGUAUGAAAGCUGCAGCGGUCAGAAUGUGCAGAGAAAUCCAGGAAACUCUUUCUGA